AAAGUAGACGAGAUUGUUUUAGUGCUGAUUAUUUUCAUAAAUUUAUUCAAUUAUCGUUAAUUAGCUGAUAUACUUUGGCUGUUAUUUAUAUUCGUAUUUAAUGCCUGCUUUCAUCUUCUAUCAGUGUAAAUGAUAAUCAAGGAAAUUCAUCUUCAACAUUACCUUAAGUAAAAGUAAUCAUAACAAUUAUUUUUUCUCCCUUUUCCAUUACUUUUUUAUCUAAACUUCCUAUGGAUAUUGAUCCGAUUCCCGAAGAAAUCAUCUUGAAUAUUCGAAAUGUUUUCUUUGGUACUCAUAGAGUUGUAUGUGAGAAUAUUAGUUUGGCAACCAAUGGUCUUAAAUUUAAUAAGGUCGCCUUGACUCGAGACAAUUCGCGUUUCAAUAUAACCAUUCCACCAACGGAUAUUCAACAAGCAUGGUUCUGUCCUGAUUUAGUUGUCGGCUGUCGAACUUUAUUAAUCAAAACUGUUCCUGAUUCUGGCUCUAAAAUUUGUGCAGCACUUCAGUUGAAACCUAAUGUAAAUCACUCUGAUGAAUACUCUGAAGAGGAAUCAAUUCGAGUUACUAUCCAAUUCGCUGGCGACGAAAGUGGUUCAGUUCAGGAGCAAUUGAGUCAAUAUUUUUCCGCUUUUACAAAUUUAGAUUGGGAUCUCGAGAUUAUUGAAUCUGCAGAAGUUGUUGAAUACUUGGAAUAUUUGUAUAAGCAACUUGCAACACCAAAAACACCUCCGUCUCCAUCUCCAUCAUCAACGCCACCAUCUUCAUCAUCACCUCCACCUCCAUCAUCUCCACUUCCACCAUCACCUCAGCCUCAGCCUCAACCAUCAACCCCGCCAUCAACCCCACCUGUAGAGCACUUAAUCAAGGAGAAUGAUGAUCCGAUCAUCCAAUGUGCAACAGUUUUGAAUCGUUCAACUAAAACAUAUUCAAGUUUACUACCCAAAAUGCAUCCCAGUAGAACCUCAUCUCCUAAAACUCCUUCAUCCCUUAGGCCUAAACUCAAUAUACAAAGAUUGCGUUCAAAUGACCCACCUUCUAUCAUCGAUAUCGAAAUAGAUGAUGAAGACGAUACCGAAAAUCAGAGUAACCUUAAUGCCUCAGGAACAUCAUGCAGUGAUAGUGACAUAGUCUUGGACUACCCACCUGGAGAAAGUGAUAGUAUCACCAUCUAUAAAAGAGAUCUCACCUGUCUAGAAGAAGGUGAAUUUCUCACUGAUACAAUAUUAGGCUUCCAUUUAAAAUAUAUCCAUAGGCAUUUAACCGAUCCGGGUAUUGCUGGAAGGACUUAUAUAUUUAGUACAUUUUUUUAUGUCAAAUUAACUAAAUCUCGGAAAGAGGACACACAGCUAUCAACAAAUAUUGCUGAUAGAUACUACAACAGGGUUAAAAACUGGACAAAAAAUCUUGAUAUAUUUGACAAAGAUUAUUUAAUUAUUCCAAUUAAUAAAUCAUAUCAUUGGUUUCUGGCAAUCAUUUGUUAUCCAAAAAAAGUACCUGACCAUGACGAAAUUUUGCCCAUUGAGAUUGAAAAAAAUCCUACGAGGCCUUGUAUUUUAUUUAUGGAUUCAUUACAAGGAGCUAACAGACGCUACCGUCUAGCUGAACCAAUCAGGCAUUUUCUAGCCAAAGAAUGGGAAUUUAAAAAGAAGACGAAAAAAAAUUUCAGUAGCCACGUAAUGCCAGAAUACUAUUUGAAGGUGCCCAAGCAAAAUAAUCACUCUGACUGUGGUCUUUAUGUCCUACAAUAUGUUGAAAGUUUCCUAAGGAAUCCUGGAAAUUUACUUGAAAAAGUUAUCUCUAACUCCAGUUUAGAUGGUUGGUUUCACUUGUCAUUAGUCGCAAACAAGCGUCGAAAUAUUAAAAGGUUAAUCAACAGGCUGAAAGAGGAAAACGGGAAAAACAACUCGGUUAAAAUGGAGACUGAUAGCUGAUUUUGCGCUGAGCGCGCUUCAAAGAGCUGCUAUUUUUAUUAUUAUUCAGAUCUAAAUAUUCAGAGUUCAUCCCAAUCAAGCUUUCAUCAAUUCCUGUGAGUGACUCGCACCAUGAACGAUCUGAUUCAAUGUGACAAUGUAAAAAUCCAUGCAAAUAGUGAGAAAGAAUUGUGUAAUUUAAAUUGAAACUAAAGUAUAAUGCAAUAUGAUUCACAAUUCCUUCUGUUCCUUCCUUUUUUUUGGGGUCAACGUUCUGCUCAGAGUUACUGAAAAUGGUUCAUUUAUAAACCAUCAUCAUCAUCACGAGUACCAUUAUCAUUGGAAUGAAUCUACUUUCAAUAAUUUAAAUAACCGUCAUUGUUAGACAAAGCUCAAUAAUACCUUGUUAAUUGGUAAAAUUGGCGUAAUUGAUAAAAUGUCAAAAAUCAAAAACCAUUGACUUGAAAUUGUGAUCAAAGUUAAAUUAAAACAUGGACAAGGACUGGUUGAUCUUCAACUUGAAUCAGCUACAAUUGAUGUUGUUUUUGCAGCCGGAAUGGAUGGUAGGCUAAUCAUAUUGGGCGGUUGUUGGUUUGGACCUUCAACGAAAUUCAUACAAGACGAACAAAUUAACACAUUUGAUGGAUUAUUUUGUUUCCAUCUUCUAUAAUCUUUACGGAGCUGUUUAAGAGCCAUGAUUGUUGAAAUUGAAAAAACUGUUGAAUACAGCACAAUGAAGAAGAAAAGCAUUCUAUUCCAUUUUGGUAAAAGAAUGCUGUGCGAUUGUUGAUAUUGAAUAAAACCAAGAUAAACAGUGAAAUAACUAAUGGUUAAAAAGAAGGCUGUUGAAACGAUUGUACGAUGGCGACUAUUUUGAUAAAAAUAUACACGAAAGUUCGCAUUACUUCGAAGGAUGGUCAGCUCAUUGUGAUAUGUUUGGCAACUUGUGCAUCGUAAAGUCCUUAGAUUUUGAUUCAUUUGUAAACAAUUUUCUGUAACAAAAUGUCCGCCUGUCCAAUAAAGAAAAUCAAAUCUGAAAAAAAAUCACAUUAACACCAACACUUGAA